AUGAGGCAAAAGUCUGAUUCAUGUUUUAGUGCUCAUAGUAAUAGAUAGGAUUGUUUAUGGAAAAAAGGAUAUCCUUAAAUCUAAUUUGGUUCCUAAUUAGUGAUUUUAAAUGGUUUAAAAAUCAGAGAUAGUCAAAAGAAAAAUAUAUAAUUUAAGUUUGCUUAUGUUCAAGAUAAAUAUUUGAUAGUUGACCAAAGGUAUAUAAAUUUAGAAAAUAUUUAAAUGAAAAAGUUUAUUAUAUCUUAGAGUUAAUUUGAAAGUUUGGCAUUUCUGUAAUUCAAGAAUAACUUUGAUCUUUUUGAAAUAUUCGGUUCAGUGCCAUAAGUUUCUGAAAUAUAAAAUUAUUGUAAAUUACAUACCAUCUAAGAUAAUUUUGAGAAUAAUUAUGAGAUUAUGAAAUUGAUAGGCAAAGGAUCUUUUGCAAAAGUAUUCAAAGUUAAAUAAAUCGAAAAUUAAUAAAUUUAUGCAGUAAAAAUAUUUAAUAAAAUGAAAAUGAAAGAAAAUGAAGAUGAAAAUUAAGUAAAUAAAUUUAAAUAUUUUUAAAAGUAAAGUUUAUGGAAAGAGAUUUAAAUUAUGAGAUUGAUGAAUCACAAGCAUAUUAUUAAGUUACGUGAAAUAUAUGAAGAUGAAAUAAAAGUUUAUGUUAUAGUUGAUUUAUUGAAAGGAGGAGAAUUAAUAUCUAAAAUAGAAAAAUAAAUGAAAAUAUACGAUGAAUCUCUUGUAAGAAAACUGAUUUACAACAUCUUAGAUGCUUUAAUUUAUAUAAAAGAGAGAAAAGUGAUUCAUAGAGACAUUAAACCAGAAAAUUUAAUAUUAAAAGAUGAAAAUGACAUUUCUAAUAUAGUUAUAGCAGAUUUUGGUUUAGCUGAUUUUUAUUAGGAGAAGGGAUAAUAUUUAUUUAAAAAAUGUGGCUCAUUAGGUUUUGUAGCUCCUGAAAUAUUAUAAGAUAAACUCUAUGAUUAUAAGGUUGAUGUUUAUUCUUUAGGGAUUGUUAUGUUCCUAUUAUUAACUGGUGAGGCAGCAAUUUAAGGAUGCAGUACUUAAGAAGUAUUAAAAAAUAAUACUUAUGGUUUAAUUGAUUACAAAAAAUUGGAAUCUUGUGAUAUCAGUUAAGAAGCGAAAGACUUAUGUAAAAAAAUGUUGAUUUUAAAUUAAAAUUAACGAAUCUCUGCAGAAGUUGCUAUAUAGCAUCCUUGGUUUAAAAUUGAUAAUUAUAACAUUUCUAAUAAUACGUUGUAAAUUCAUAGAGUACAAUAAGAUCUUAAAGGGUAAAAAGAAUUUUUAUUUUGCCUUACUCCACUUUGGGUAAAUAAAAGUUUAAGAAGUAUCAGUGACUCUUCAGAUUAAUAUGGCGCUUUAAGUAAAAAGAUAAAUCUAUAUAUUAUAGCAAUCAAUGUAAGGGAUAGAACCAUAGAAGAAAUUUUGAACAGUAAAAAUUUUAAAUCAGAUUCUGCUAUAUAUGAUUUAGAAGAUGAUAUCAUAGAAGAAGAAACAAUUGCUAAUAGAAUUGAAAAUCAUAAACUAUUAGUAAAGUAAAGAAGCCUUCCAUGA